CCAACGCAUACGGUCGCGCAUGUCGAUUCCAAUCAUAAAGCACUUCGAUUCACAUGUCUCAGGACCGAACGCGAAUGUCUCGGAUGGAAUCGAUGUGUCUCACUGAACCGGACGCAUCGUCUUUGAGGAGCCGGUGUCGGCGAUAGUGACUGAUAAACUUGCUGGAUGCGAUAUUCCUCUGAGACGGAGUGACAUGAGCUGCGUUAUUGAUCAAGACAUAUAAGAGCAAUUGCCUUUACUGACAUUGACAAAGAGCUGACCGACCUGCAAACUUCAAAUCUUGACGAGACCGCCGUACGUUGAUAAUCACACAAAUCACGAUAGGGUUGCUCUAGUCCUUAGAAACAGACACAGUGUCAACCUCUAUAAUCCCCGCUGAUACUCAAAUCCUUGCGCAUCGACACCAUCAGACCACAAUCUUUUCCCCCUCUUACCCGCUAUGCACAUCCAACAGACUCUCGCCCUCUGUCAAGUUAUCACUCUCUUAGCCACCGCCACACCCUUACCUAACGACAAGCCAAUAUACACCAACUACCCCGUCGCAUCACCUACGACUCCUCCGACGGAGGGAGGUCAGAUCCCCAAUACUCCAUCUCCUUCGCCUGCACCUCCCGUAGAAGGAGUCAAUGGCGUAGCAUCGUCAUCUCCAGCUGCUGUACCAGACGACAAUGAGACAUUGACACCGUCAAGCGGGACGACAAAUACCUUGACGCCAUCGAGUCCGACGUCCACGGGCGACGCUUCGGUCCCGUAUCCCUCUGGACAAUCUGUCCCUGCGCGUGUGAAACGAUUCUUUGCCCGGGAUGAUCCCGACGACGUCUUUGGGGGACCCGAACUCGCAGUGGUCUUGAACGAGCAGCGAUCCGUAGCGAAGAAAUACGCCAAUGCCGUCAAGUAUCUCCAAGGGGUUUCACCCGGUCAAGUGGAUCUAGGCUUUGAGCCAAAUGUCAAGCUACAGAGUGCAUCGUCGAACGCGACAAGCUCAAUGACUGCGUCAUCCAAUCCGCCCUUCACGAGUACGGUGGUGGCGGCUGAUACGAUUGCUAGUCAGACGACGACGACCACAAUGACGACGACGACGACGACAACGACAACGACGAACAACGCUGAGCCUGAUCCUUCUGGCCUUGUGGCGGAUGCUUUAAUUGGACUCACUGGUCGUCGACUCCCCGCUCGAUCGACAUCCACGCGGAUUGGUCUUACGGAUUGGAUAUCUGGCGGAAUGGACGUGCUGUAUUAUGGAGGGCUCAAUAUCGGCACGCCGGCUCAACAGCUCACUGUGGAUUUCGAUACGGGGUCCGCGGACCUUUGGCUGCCCGUAGACUGUGACGAAUGUACGUCCGAACAGUUCGACGCGGAUAACAGUCAGUCGUACUCCAAUACCGGCGAAGACUUUUCGAUCCAAUACGGGACUGGAUCAGUUUCUGGAACUCUGGCUCAAGAUUCCGUCUCGAUCGGGGGAUCUUCCGUUCGAGGCCAGUAUUUCGGAGCGGUAGAUCAAGAGUCUGAUGAUUUCGAUGGAAACCCCAAUUCAGGCGUCAUGGGGAUGGCCUUUUCAAGUAUCUCUUCAUCGGGCGAACAAACUUUCUUUGAGAACCUCAUAUCCAACAAUGCGGUCUCCUCGCCCAUGUUUGGAUUUCACUUGACUCGGAAACAAGCUUCAGGCUCAACCUUAUGUCUCGGUUGCGUCGAUACGUCAAAAUACAACGGCGCGAUCUCUUGGGUCCCAGUGAUCAGCAAGACAUAUUGGAGUGUAGGUCUCAGUGGCAUGUCAGCAUUGGGAGAGGGAAAUGCGCUGAGCAAGGCGCUCGUGGCGGCGAUCGACACGGGUACGACCCUGGUCUAUGUUCCUGAUAGCGUCGCAUCAGAUUUCUAUGCCCAAAUCCCAGGAUCAUCCAGCGCUUCUCAAUUCGGACCUGGUUUCUACCAAUUCCCAUGUACUUCACCACUCCAAGUGACGCUGAAUUUCGCAUCUAAGCGGUUUCCCAUGAACACUGUGGAUUUCAACCUCGGUAGGACAGCCAGUGGAUCAUCACUUUGUGUCGGUGGAAUUCUCGGAAUGAGCGAUGACUUCCCGGACAACCUCGCCAUUGUCGGUGACGAAUUUUUAAAGUCCUGGUACUCUGUAUACGACUACUCGAAUGGCGCACGUGUAGGCUUUGCCUCGAGCAUAAACAACAACUAGGAGAGAACGAUAGCUGGGUGGAAGUAUAGAAAUAUAGACAGAUCUCGCAAGUGAUGCAAACGUUCCGACACUCAAGUUGCGUGAG